ACAGUGGGGCGCAGGGGGAGUACGCGGGGCUGCGCACCAUCAUGUCCUACCUGGACGGCAUUGGGGAGGGCCACCGCAACGUGUGCCUCAUCCCCACCUCCGCCCACGGCACCAACCCCGCCAGCGCCCAGAUGGCGGGGAUGAGGGUGCGCCCUGUCAACGUUGACAGGAACGGCUCCAUUGACGUCCAGCAUCUAGCAGAUAUGAUCAAGGAGCACGCCGCGUCUCUCGCGUGCCUCAUGAUCACGUAUCCCUCCACCAACGGCGUCUUCGAGGACAACGUGGGGGAGGUGUGCGCUGCCGUGCACGAUGCUGGGGGACAGGUAUACCUGGAUGGGGCCAACAUGAACGCCCAGGUGGGGCUGUGUAGGCCCGGGGACAUCGGGUCUGACGUGUCCCACCUCAACCUCCACAAGACCUUCUGCAUCCCCCAUGGCGGGGGCGGGCCCGGCAUGGGCCCCAUCGGCGUGAAGGCGCACCUGGUGCCGUACCUGCCGUCGCACCCUGUGGUGGACCCCGUCAGGGUGGUGCGUAAGCAUGCCAAGUCCUUCGGGGUGGUGUCGGCCGCGCCCUACGGCAGUGCCGCCAUCCUGCCCAUCUCCUGGGCCUACGUCAAGAUGAUGGGACCGGAGGGUCUAAGGAAGGCCACCCAAGUGGCUAUCUUAAACGCUAACUACAUGGCCAAGAUGCUGGAGAAACAUUAUAAGGUGCUGUACCGCGGCAGGACGGGGCUGGUG